AUGGCGACACUACGCGUCAAGCUCAAAACCUCCCUCAUGCUUCUUGUGUCCCCCUUCUUCGCUGGCCCAGCCACUGCCUUUUUCCGUCACCUCUGCCACGGCGAACUGGGCAACGGCAGAGUUGAUCCCAUUGUCGCCCCCGGCAACCCAUCUCAACAUCUCCACGUUAUUUUUGGCGCAUCCAAUGUGGGACUUGACCCAACUCUUGAAGAAUUGCUGGCCUCGAACUGCACCAGCUGCUCCAUCCUGCAAGAUCACUCGGUCUACUGGACUCCGCGCAUGUACUUCCAGCACGGCAACAGCACUUUCGAAAUGGUUCCCACAUCUGGCGGUAUCACUGUGUACUACUUCACCGAGCCCGAUCCAGUCUUCAAAGACCCGGUCACGGCUUUCCCACAGAACUUCCGCAUGGUUGCAGGCAAUUCCAUGAAGCGUGCUUUCCUUGGUCCUAACCCAGACCCGCCAAUGUCGAACUGGGAUGUCAACGACAAGUCUCAACCACAGCUCAUGGAAAAGGCUCUCGGUUUCAACUGUCUGAACUACGGUGCACAGCCUGAGGGCGCACGUCAAUACCACUACAUGCGAAACAAGACUUUCCUUGACGACCAGUGUACAGAUGGUAUCCGUGCUGAGGUCAUGUUCCCGUCCUGCUGGAAUGGGAAAGAUCUCGACAGUGACGACCACACCAGCCAUGUCGCCUAUCCGAACGCAGUCCAAAAUGGCAAGUGUCCGGAUGGAUACCCCGUGCGUCUGCCAACAUUGUUCUAUGAAACUAUCUAUCAAACAAACAUCUUCGCUGGGAUGGACGGACAAUUUACCUUCUCCAACGGUGACCCGACAGGCUAUGGCUACCAUGGAGACUUCAUGUGUGCGUGGGAUGCAGGUGUCCUUCAGGGCGCGAUCGACAGCCCUGCAUGCAAUCUUCCUCAGCAGGCCUCCGGCAACCAGGACGACUGUCCAAUCUUUGACCUGCAAGAAGUUGAUGCUGGCACUCAAUGUAAGAUGGAAAUUCCCGAAAUUCUGCAGAAUGAGCCAAUCAAUCUCAUCCAACAAUUGCCGGGAAACGUCCAGAUCCAAGCUGGCACUGGAUCUGCCACCAUGGGACCUAUGCCUGGAGCCACAGCACCGGCUGCUAGACCUGUACCCUCUGCCAAUUUCACGGCCUUGUCCACACCCGCUGUACCCACUGCUGGACCCACGGCUUCGAUGUCGACUUCGCCCCCAGCUACCACGCUGAGUCCAUGCACAUCCAAGAGUCAACACACAACCACGACUGCAUUCAUGAGCAAUGGCGUCAUGAUCAAUAUGGUCUUGGUCGAGGAAGUUGUGACUGUCACUGUGUCAGACGGUCCCUCUUCGGUUGUACGUGUCCAUCGCAGAGGCCACAAGCGCAAGCAUGGUCACCAAGAUGGCCGGCUGUAA